AGUAACAUGAUCUUACCAAAUAAAAAGGACCACCACCCUUCCUUUUAGCAGCUUUUCGUUCUUCACCAACCUGCCCAUUCAAUUUCACCUCUUUAUCUUUCACCUCUUGUUCCCAAUGUCUUUCUCUUCUUCCACGAUCAUCCUCUUCCUCUCCGCUCUCUUCUCUACCGCGUCGCCCUUGGGCUCCCGGGACCCCACCCCAGGCUGCCACCCCAACUUUGGGGGUGUCGCCCUCACUCUGUCCACCCCGAGCGGUGCACUCUCCUGGUCAGCCAAGCCCGUCCUCAACGAUCCCCUCAGUGCUAGUUCAAGUUCUUCCUCCAAGUUCUUCUUCCAACAAAACGGGUUCCCCAUUGUCGACUAUACCGUCAAGACCGUGGAGAACAACAACUUCGCCGUCCAACUUGGUGCCGGUGGGGCACCGUUGAUGGCCAACACCGACCCAUCAGGAAGCAAUCCGUACGCUCUUGUUUCUCGCCUCGUUUCGUCUUUUUUCAACGACUUAUGUACCACCCCCCAUAUAUGCAAGGAAUCAGAAAUGGAUGGUUGAUUGUACAGAGUGUACCUCGAAGGACAUCUCCCAGACAAAGGGCAAGGUCGCUUCGGGAUGCAGCAUCACUUCCACCACCAACAAGCUGUGCGUCACAUCUAAGACUACUCCUGCGACGUUGGCUUCUUGCGAUAACUCGGCGGACCAGCUGUUCGAUAUCACGGCUGUGACUGUUUGAAAGAAUGAUGCUAACGGAGCCUGGGAGGUUGGUUUUGGUUUUUCUUUUGUGGUCCUUUUUUUGUAUUUAAAAAUCAUUCAAGUAACUUUGUAUUACUAGCGGUGUUAGUCUGGG